CCAUUUGGAGGACCUGGAUUCUGGGAGCAUGCCUGGGAAUAAGUUGAGUCAUUCACAACAAACUAAGUUCAAUCUGGUUCAAGUGAAGGGUACAUGGAUCCGGCAAAGUGAGCAGAGCCAGCUGGCAGAGGGGAGGUUAUCAGAUGCUAAAAUCUAUGAGAACCAGUCAGACCACGGAGCGUCCUGGACAGUGGUCAGCCCCAUCGUAUUCAUCUACACAAUAAUUCAGUGCAAAAACAUACUGGAUCCCAGAAAUGACACACUACUAUGGGGACAUAUAGGAAAUAAAGAAGUAAAAGAUGCCUUGAUCAAAACCCAACCUGUUAAGCGUUUUGUUGUGAUCGAUGACACUGUGAAUCAGCUGUACGGCUCCAAAGUAACUCAAUACUUUGAAGCCAGAGGAGUCGUUUACAAGAUUCUCCCUCUGCCCACCACAGAAGAGAACAAAUGUAUGGAAUUAGUGACCAAGAUCCUGGAGGAGGUUCAUAAAUUUGGUAUUGACAGACGCUCUGAGCCAAUCAUAGCCAUUGGUGGGGGGGUUUGUCUGGAUGUGGUAGGUUUGGCAGCAUCUCUCUAUCGUCGGAGGACUCCAUACAUCCGGGUUCCCACCACUUUACUGUCUUACAUCGACGCCAGUGUGGGGGCAAAAACAGGAGUCAAUUUUGCUGGUGGCAAAAACAAGCUGGGAAGCUACAUCCCACCAGUGUCUACGUUCUUAGAUCGAUCAUUCUUCCAAACUCUCCCUCAGCGUCAGAUCUCUAAUGGGAUGGCAGAGAUGUUAAAGAUGGCUCUGAUGAAGCACUGUGGCCUGUUUGAGCUGCUGGAGGCUGAGGGCAACAAGCUGCUUCAUUCCAAGCUGCAGAGCCCUGACUCCAGCUCCAAGAAGGAAGACAGCGCUACUGCAUCCACUCGCAUCGCAAUAGAAACAAUGCUGGAGGAACUGGCACCAAACCUGUGGGAGGAUGAUCUGGACAGACUGGUGGACUUUGGACACCUCAUCAGCCCUGAAUUAGAAAUGAGAGUAUUGCCUGCGUUGCUUCAUGGAGAGGCGGUCAACAUCGACAUGUCCCUGAUGGUGUACGUGGCUCACCACAAGGGGCUGCUAACAGUAGAGGAGAAGGACCGAAUCAUCCGGUGCAUGCUGGGACUAGCACUCCCUGUUUGGCACCAGGACUGUACCCUGGAUCUGGUGCACAGGUCCCUCAGUGAGCGUCUGAAGCACUCUGCUGGCUCUCUGAGGAUGCCCCUCCCAACAGGACUGGGAUGUGCAGAAAUCUUCCAUGACAUGAUUGAGGACAAUAUUCUUCAUCAAGCUUACCAGAUGUGGACUGAUGAGCUUUCUUCUGGUGGGAACAGAUGAAAAUACAGUACUGUGCAUAAGUCUUAGGCCACCUUCAUGGUUGUUUUGCCAGGGUUGAAAUGACCACACAUCUUUAUUUAUCAGUCUUUUUUCUGCAGAUACAGCAAUAAAAAAACAAGGAAUGUGUGUACAUCCUUAAAAGACACAUAAAAACUGAACUAAAUGGAUUCCAAAGGUUAAAACUAUUUAGUGUGGCCCCUGACCCCAUAACAAGAAGUAGCACAAACAGUUAAAAACAUCUGACAUGUUGAAUGAAACCUGCUAUAAAACAUAAGAAAAUUAAUGCAAUGAAUCUCGUAUUGUCUGAAUAGGGAAAAAGACAUGUUAAGUGCAAAAACAGACACCAAACAUUACCUCUUUUGUUUUUAAUUCUGCACAUAUAUUCUAAAUAUAGAUUGUAUCUUAACCCAUAAAGACCCAAACAGCCACUGGCGACCAAAACCAUCAACUGACCUAAAAUGUUUAAUAACUUCUGAACCAUUAAACCUAUCAAUAUGGUGAAAUAAUUCAGGUAAAAUGCAGUUUGUCAUCUAUAAUGACGAUAAUUAUAACUAUAA